AUGAUGUUUUGGCAUGCCAAAAAGGAAUUGUGAUCAGAAUAUUGGCAGAAGAGCAAGCACAAGACCAUUCGUAAAGGAGUUAGUCAGACCUCAUUAUUGCAAGCCAUUUUCACUUCCAAGGCUGCAGGGUGUGUGGAUUGAGUUUGGAAGAGAAAGAUGAAGCCACGUAAUGUGCUUAGAUGACUCAUUGCAUCAAGGCUGGAAUCUGGUGUUACCUGCUCUUGGAGGAACUGGAAGCUGAGAAACUAACUCUACCCCUCCUGCACAAAAUAGACCACUUCCCUGUUAAGGGAGAGCAGAAUACUGCCUGUAGCUUUCAGCCCAUGUUCAUGUCACAGAGAUCUCUGACUGACAAGAAACUGCAAUCACAGAAGCUAAAACUUAAAGAAGGAGCUUUUUCUCGUCAUGAUGCUUGGGAUUCUCUUAACCUUUGCUUUUUUCCUCCUGGAAUCCUGGGUGCAGAUUGCGCCGACAGCAGGAUACUCCCUAAGGAACUGUACGGUCCAAGGCUCUCUAAAUUACACUGACCGACUGAAGGUCCUUUGCUAUCAGAUGAAUUUCUACCACGUGCCUUCUGAUAUCCCUCACAACACAAAGGUCUUAGACAUUUCUGGCAAUCGUAUCUCACAGCUUCAGGAAAAUGAUUUCAGAAACCUGACAAACCUGAAGAACCUGAACGUGUCUCACAACCAAAUCUCUCACGUGGAGCCGGGCACGUUCCGAGAUCUCGCAGGCUUGCAGGAGCUAAAUCUGACCCUGAACAAGCUGAGCGUGCUCUCAAGCAACAUGUUCUAUGGACUGUACAACCUCACGGUGUUGAAACUGGCUUGGAACCGCAUACAAAAGAUACACCCCGAUGCCUUCCUGGUCCUUGCCAAUGUUAGGGUGGUGAACCUGACAUCGAAUGCGCUCUACCAGCUUGAGGAAGUUCAACCUGUUUUAAAAUGCCCUCACUUAGAAGAGCUGAGCCUGGGAUCCAAUGGCUUUUCAACUUUCAACACCAAAGAGCUGACAAGCGUUCCCUUGAAUUUGAGAGUGCUUGACCUGUCUAGUAACCCAUUCACUAGUUUUAAUGUUAGCACAGACAUUUUCCCCCACCUCGUGGAUCUGGAUCUCUCCUACUCAGGUGCAAAGGAUGGGCUGCACUGGGAGAUGAGAAAUCAUUCUUUUUUAACUGGUGUGAAGACACUGUCUUUAAACGGCACCCGCAUUUCAACACCUGGGAUCUUCCCUGUGAUAGAAAGCUUCGCUAGUUCUUUAGAAGUUCUCCACCUAAAUGAUUUACAUGUGGAUACAGUGGAUAACAUCUUAAAGAACGUCUGCCUCUCUUUACCUAAUCUCCAGAUCCUCAGCCUGCGAGGGGAUAACCUUAGCACUCUCCAGGACAGGCUCUUUGAACGCUGUUUGCUGGUGUACCAUUUGGAUUUAUCAGAUAACCAACUGAAAAGCGUGUCGGAUUUCUCUUUCAGAGGGAUGGACAGCUUACGUGUCCUGUACUUGUCCCACAACCAGCUGGUCGCUGUUCCCAAUGCCACCCAGAGCAUCAGCAACCUAGAAUAUUUGGACUUCAGCUACAAUCUGAUCGAUCAUCUACAGAGCUGGGAUUUCAACAACUUGACCAGGCUUAAGCAUCUCAUCCUGGUGGGGAACAAAAUAUCGAUGAUCACGGGUUCUCUGUUCGGAUCCUUAGUCAGCCUACAGGAGCUGAAACUUGGUAUUAAUCUGAUCCUGUCCAUCCCAGAGCCAUUGUCAGGCAGCCUACAUAAACUUGAGAUCCUGGAACUGCGAUCCAACAAGCUGAGCAUCAUAAAAAAAAACACCUUUCAGAACCUGGGUUCCCUUAAAUCCCUCAACCUAGUGGACAAUCAGAUAGCUGACAUUGAGGAGGGGGCUUUUAAAGGGUUAGUCCAGCUGAAAGUGCUGCUGCUGGGAAGCAACAAGCUUACCAGAGACACUUUUACAAGAGAGAAUGUUUUGACAGGCAUGCCUUCCCUCACUGAACUUCAGAUCUUUGACAACUACUUGGAGUAUGAGAGCAACGCAGAGCUAAAGACCCCUCCUUUCAAAGCCCUGAAGUCUUUGAUCUUCCUUGCCAUUAACAGCCAAGGUCACAAUGGCCUUGUCCAUCUGCCUUCCAAUUUUCUGGAAGGGUUAAGCUCCCUCAAAGAACUACAUGCUGGCAACCUGAACUUGGACUUUAUACACCCCAGUACCUUCAACCACACUCCCCAGAUGUCCUUCCUUGACAUUAGCAAAAAUGCUCUCAGUUCUGUUGACCCAAAAACCUUUCAGACGAUGCCUAACCUCACAGAAUUCAUCUUGAGCCAGGCACGCCUGCCAUCAUUUGAUUUUCUGGCCCAGGCCAACCUUUCCAAGCUUAAGUUCCUGCGAGCGAGGGGCAACGAGGUUUCUGUGGUCAACAAGACUCUGAUCCUCUCCCUCCCUGCGCUCAAGUACCUGGACCUGCAGCAGAACCCAUUCACCUUUGGAUGUGAGAACGCCUGGUUCCUUAACUGGUCCAGGCAGGACCCCUACACACAGGUUAUCUACCUGAACAAAUAUUCCUGUGGAUAUCCGGACAAUCUCAGAGGAACGAAGCUAGAGGACUUGAGGAUAGAGUCUUGCACUGUGGAUCUGGAGUUUAUCUUUUUUGUCUCAACUUCCACCCUUGUGACUCUUACCAUGGUGUCCUCCUUCAUUUACCAGUUCCUCCGCUGGCAACUUGUCUAUGCCUACCAUCUCUUCCAAGCGUUCUUAUACGACAGGAAGCAGAAGCCGUCCCGACGCUACGAGUUUGAUGCCUUUGUUUCGUACAACACGCACGAUGAGCCUUGGGUCCUGAGGGAGCUUCUGCCCAACCUGGAGGAGGGCCGUGGCUGGAAGCUGUGUCUGCACCACCGAGACUUUCAGCCCGGCAAGCCCAUCAUUGACAACAUUGUGGACAACAUCUACAAGAGCCGCAAGACCCUCUGCAUCAUCAGUCGCCACUACCUGGAGAGCGAGUGGUGCUCCAGGGAGAUCCAGGUGGCCAGCUUCCGUCUCUUUGACGAGCAGAAGGACGUGCUGGUCCUGGUGUUCCUGGAGGACAUCCCUGACUGCCAGCUCUCCCCCUACCACAGGAUGAGGAAGCUGGUGAAAAAGAAAACCUACCUGAACUGGCCCAAAUGUGAGGAAAAAACCAGACUGUUCUGGCACAAGCUGAACACAGCACUGGAGACCCGAGAAGAACCCGAUGAGGAGAGUCCGAUUCUAACUGGCUUAGACUCCUGACUGAAACUUUAUGCUUCGUGUUAUUAUAGUUUAACUUUAAUUACUGGUAGAAUGUUUUUUAAACUCUCUUCCAGGGAUGAAGACUCUCAUUGCAAAGCAGUCUGAGCAUUUGCUGGUUUUUCUGAGUUUAAUAAAACACACCUAACACUGAAGAACAACAUCUCAGUACCGGUAUCAGAGAACAAUAAGCUACAUUCGUUUUAUAUUUUAAAAACAUAUUUCUAGAGAAACGAUGGAUGUUUUUGCACCACAUUUACUGGUACUGAGUCCUGGUUGCAACACGUUUUAGAAAAUAAAUACAUAGAUACAAUGGGGUUAAAAUGAACUAAAAAAGGGAAAACGACCAUUAAAACGUUAUUUCAAAUAAUCAUUGGUGAGGUAUUGUGGCUUUGGCAGUUUGUAUGAAACAAUGACAGCUCAGGUAGUCUAUAACUAUAUUCAGUGAACUCACAGCGAUGUUAGUGUAAAGCCGCUUUGGAUUCAGUGAGAGACACUGUAUAAGACAGCGCAGCAUUGUGCCAGUGCUCGUGCUUUACUCUUAAUACUCACAAGGGGGAGCUCUUGCACUGGAUAAAAGCAACGAUACCUGGGCUUCUGCAGCGUUAGUAUUUAAUACUGCUGUGUGGGAAAUGACGGAGAAGGGAUCUCUGAGUACAAGAAACAUAAAAAUGAAAAAGAAAAAAAAAGUUUAAUUUAUUUAUUAUGUAUGCAUUUUUUUUAAUGCUGUUUGGCAAGAUUUGUUUUGUUGUUGCAUUCAAUAUUCUUCUGUGAAUUCUACUCUGUAAUAAACAAUUAGGCCUACUAGGAUUUAAUGAAAAAUGUCAAGAAACUGCUUUGGAACCGCAUUCAAAAGCUGACGACUGUUCUGAACCUGGGAAAGUGGAUCUAAUCAGAGCUGCUUCCCUUUGCAGCCACCUUCUCCAGUGCAGUCACUGGUUGCAGUCACGGUCGCAGUGUGUGCCCCCACACUGUCUGGGCGGGUCUCGUCAUGUAGACUCUUGAAACCCCCGUAUUAUCCGAGCAUGUUCUCAUCUUCCAUUCUUCUCACACAUGAUUAAAACACAAAGAAUUGUGCUUGGAUUACUUCAGCUUAGAAUGUGUUGCAAAGUUUGCAAACUUGUUUUAGAUAAAAGAUUGUUUUGGGUCUAGGAAGACACGUUCACUUGUGAUCUGCUUAUCAAUAAUUAACUUCAAAUGCCUUGCAGUAGAUACUAUCCAAAUGCACAUUCAGUCAUGCAGGAGAAAUUCAUGCAGACACUGUGUAAAGGUGAAUAAAGGGUUUCCUCUUGAAGUUUCAAUUUGUUAACACUCUUUUUAACAUUAACUUGUACAAUCAAGCGACUGUUCUAUUAAUCAAUUAAAACCGCUACCUGUGUAUGUAUCACCCUCAGCUCACU